CUUUUUUUUUUUUAAAUUAACAGAGGUCCAUGAAUUUGGUAAAAUAUCUAGCGAAUCGCCGAAAUUUUAUGAUAUUCCAACCAACCGUUAGGAAAACAACAAUACGAUGCUCUUCUGAAAGGUACUGUGGGGUAUAAAAAGAGCUCUCUCUUUUAUUCAUAACUUGGUGAUCGGUGCAUGGUGAUGAAAGACCAGUUUCUAAGUAAUUGAAUUUUCUCUUCCGCCUGCAAAGCGUUUCUUUCAGUUGCAACUUAUUUCUCAGAAUAAAAAAAAUAAAUAAAUAAAUAAAAGUUAAGUGCACUCUCUUUGUGUAGCGUACAUUUGUAUAUUUGACGCUGACCGAACUGUGGUUUGGCCGCUUCAAUUAGUCAGGUUUGAGCUUUUCAAGUGUAAACAGUAAUUUUUGAAUAAGCCUGCAUUUACAAAUGUACAUGUAUGUAAACAUGUAUUGGAGCUUGAUUGUCGAAUCCAACUAAAUCGCUCGUUCACGAAAAAUAAUAAAAACUUCAAAAUUUAUUAUUUCAAUAACUUUUUUUAUCUAUAAAGUUAUAAAACAUAUACCUAUACGUACAUACAUGCAUUUAUAUCACCGAGUAAAUGGCUUAAAAUGGAGAGGAGCAAAGUAUAUACAUAUAAGAUGAGCAUAUGAUCACAUGUACACACAUACGUAUUGUAGGUGUUCAUGUUCGCGGUAGAAAAUGUAAUUUAGCUAUGUACGCUUUGUUGUUUGGAAACCCCUGCCCACUUUAGUACGUGGUUGUGUUAAGUUCAAAAGUAAAAUUAAUUCCUUUUUUUUGAUGUUAUAAAACUCAGCCAAGAAAUACUUAUUUAUCAAGCAGGUUGGUGAAUCUAAAACAAUCAGUUGUUAUUUCAAUCUCCAGCUAAAUAUAUGUACAUUGCUUUUAAUUUUGCUGAUCACAUCGUAUCAAUAAAGAUUAAGUAAGCCGAUUAUUUCAAUAAAAGCAUAACGGCGGAGACAUAAUUAGAUAUGCCAGAUAAGGAUAAUAAAUGCACAAUCGACGUUUCUACAGAAGGAAUUGAUGAAACCGGUGCUUGCAGCAGUUCAUCACAAGGGAAUCUUCUCGGCCAACAACAGUUCAAACUUCACUUUAGCAAUGUGUUUUAUGUUUCCAAGCAAAAUAAAACGUUGGUAACAAUACUCAACGAUAUUUGCGGAGAAUUCACAUCUGGUCGCCUUACGGCUAUUUUGGGACCAUCUGGUGCUGGUAAAACCUCGAUUCUCAAUGUGCUUUCUGGGUUCAAAGCUACAGGGGUCAAAGGUAAAUUUAUCUUCAAUGAAAAAGAGCGACAUCUUUUGGCUUUUCGCAAAGCGUCUUGUUACAUUCCGCAGGAUUUUGCUUUACUCGAUUUACUAACGGUACAGGAGACAAUGUGCGAUUCGGUCGAUCUUAAACUGCCAUCAGAAACGAGAGCCGAAGAGAAACUAAAAAUUAUCGAUAAUAUUAUUCAAAUACUUAACAUGGAGAAAUGUCGCCACCGAUUGGUGCGUAAUCUUUCUGGUGGCGAGCGAAAGCGUUUAUCUAUGGCUAUUGAACUGGUCACUAAUCCGCCGGUAAUGUUUUUUGAUGAGCCCACUAGCGGCUUGGAUAGUGUUGCCAGUUUACAAAUUAUCAAUUACUUAAAACGCCUGGCGCUGGACGGUCGAAUUAUCGUGUGCGUAAUUCACCAGCCAAGCUCGAAACUUAUGAAACUGUUCGAUGAUGUUUUAGUUAUGUCACGUGGCAAGGUGGUGUACGCGGGUCCAAAAGCAGAUAUGGUACCCACCUUUGAGUCAGCAGGCUUUGCCUUUCCCGAUUUUUACAACCCUGCUGAUUUCGCUUUAGAGGUCAGCAGUGAAGAGCACAACGAACGAUUGCAAGAUUUGAUCGAAUGGAAUAAGAAACGACAUUGUGGAGAAUGUACUAUACUGUCCGCGGAUAUGGAUAGCUGCGUAAAUGAAAGAACAAAAAUACUUAAUAUCUUAACAUACGAAGGAAGCAAAUUAUCCGUCGUACGGCCCAAAGCUCCAGCCGGCUUUUGCAGGCAACUGAUUAUACUCACCCGGAGAUCAUUACGCACAAUGACCAGAAACUUGGUAACAUUAAUAGCUGUGCAGCUGCGCGUUAUUAUACAUGUUAUUGUUGCUGUUCUUGUUGGGGCUGUAUUUUGGGAUAUUGGAAACGAUGGAGCGCGAACUUUAACAAACAUUUCGUGUAUAUUUUUCAUUAUAAUGUUUAUUUUCUUCGGCAAUGCAAUGCCAUCUAUAUUGUUAUGUCCACAAGAUACGGCGGUCUUUACACGCGAGUACUUAAACGGUUGGUAUUCGCUUAGUGCAUAUUAUGCUUCUAAACUCACCUCAGACCUUCCAAUGCUCUUAAUCUGUCCAACACUAUUUACAACUAUCAUAUAUAUUAUGACUAGUCAGCCGGAUGUUUUCGCCCGAUUCGCAAUGUGCUGGGGAGUUAGUUUGAUUCUAGCUAUAGUCGGACACUUUAUGGGCUUAGCUUUUGGCUCAACAUUUGAUUUACAGAUGGCAAUUCUAUUGGUACCUGGAUUAUCAAUUCCUUUUAUGAUAUUUUCUGGAUUUUUCAUACGCAUACAUGAGCUCUCCGCUAUUUUCCGACCAUUAUGUGACAUCUCCUUUUACCGUUAUACCAUGGAGGCUCUAAUGCAAGCUAUAUAUGGCUAUGAUCGUCCUGAUUUGGAGUGUCAUGUGGAAUUUUGUUACUUCAAAUCACCAUCUAAAUUGUUGAAGGAGCUAGACAUGCUGGGUGAUUUGUACGGACAUGAUGUAAUUGUUCUUCUCAUUUGGAUUUUAUUGUUUAAAUUAUUAUUUUUCUUGAGUCUGGUAUUACGAAUUAAACGAGCGCAAUAAAGUUGAUACAUUUUUAUUAAAAUAA